AUGCCACCAACAACCGCUUCCGACAAAGAAUCAACCAACGAUCAACCAACCACUGUUCAAAAAGAAGAAAAGAAAGAUACAAUCGAAUCAAGCCAAGAUUUAUUUAAACAAUUCUUGGAUGAGAAGGAUUCUAAAUGGAUCAAAGAACAGCAAGAAGAAAAAACAUAUUCACUCUCACAAAUCUUAUCGGACUUGACACCUGAGGAACGGAUUCGACAUUUUGUGAAAUUUGCUCUCUCACAAAACGAAUUAUAUCAUUCACAAAUAUCCAAAUCCGAUCGUGAUGAUCAAUACAAUGAAUGGAAAACAGUGCAUGUGAGUGACACCAAUCUUCUGGAAAAUUUACACCAUAAAAAUUCGAAAGUGGCACGUACAUUGGGAGAGAUUAUUUUCAAAGAGGAUAAUCCUAAUCUCAUUUCAUUGAUGAACAAGUUGUCUGACAAACCUGUGAUUUUUGUGUGGAAACACAAGACAAUUCCAUGGUUCAAAUAUGUUGAUCAAGCAGAAUAUAUUUGGAAAACUGCUGUCGAUCGAGUUCAAAGAGCUCAUGGUGAAAAGUUACUGGAAGAUCGAGAGAGCAUCUUGUUGGAAUUUGCAAUUCAAAUGAGUUCAGGUCCAUCAGAUUGGGAAAUUGAAAUUUGUCAAGAAUAUGAUGACAAGGAAGAUGUUGAUUUAAACGUAGAACAGUCCGUAUACAAGUUUAGAAAGGACUCGGUGUUUCCAAAUGGUUUGAAUAUUGACAGUGUUGGAGCGUUGAUCUUUUAA